GAAGCCUCGCGGGCGGUGGCGCGCGCUCAUUGGCUCCGUUCCCAGCUCAGUUGUUGAUUUCAUGCGCCGCUCCGCGAGACCCCGCCGCUCCGCGAGACCCCGCGCCCGUUUGUCGCGACCGCGCUUGCAGCGACCGGAGACAGUUUGAGCGCCCAGCCCGACGCCGCAGGGCGAGAUGAAAGCGCUGGCCUCCCGAGCCGUCCGGACCCGCGAAUGCUCCUGGCAGCCCAAGCCGGCGCUUUUGCCCCCGAGGUGACGCGCAGCCCGCACCCGCCCAGACAGAUGGCUCCAGGCCAAGUGCCCCAGCCCCUCCCCUGGAGGGAUGCCCACCCCUUCUUCCUCCUGUCCCCGCUGAUGGGCCUUCUCAGCAGGGCCUGGAGCCGGCUGAGGGGCCCAGGACCUCUAAAGCCCUGGCUGGAGGACGCAGUAACGAGUGCAGAUCAGGGAGAAGCUUGCCUGGAGGAAGUGACUAAGGCUGCUUUGGCCACCCACUAUGCCCCAUGGGGUGGGCACCCUCAGCGGGAGCCUGGAGACAGUGGAAGAGCUGUGGAAGAUGGCGGGUCGUCCUGCCCUGACCGAGAGGCCAACAGUUCUCUUCCUGAAGCCUGGGGACUUUCAGAUGAUGAUGAAGAACAUGGUGGGGAAGAAGCAACCAGCAUCCCUAAAGAGCAAGGAAGUGACUAUAUCGGUGGCCAGCCUGCUCCCAUGUCCGUCAGCCUUCUGAGGACCCUGCAAGGCCCUCCUGCGGAAGAGGAAACUGAGGAAGGAGGAGUUGCCGAAGAUAAAGUGAUGACAUUCUUCUCUUUCCCUCCAUCACACUGGGAGCACUGUCCAGGGAGGGAGGAGGAGGAGGAGGGAGAAGCUGUAAACAAAGUUCCCACAACAUCUACUCCCCCCUCAUCCCCAGGAUCCAAGCCCAGUGCUUGGGUGUGUGCUGCCGGGGAAGAAGAGGCUGGAGCUAAGGAGGAAGGAAGAGCAGAGAGUGAAGACACCGGGAAGACCUCCAUUACUUCUUCAUCUGCAGGCUCCCGCCCCAGCGCCUGGGAGUGUAAUUCAGGGGAGGAAUCUGAGGAAAAGGAUGGGAAGGCUGAGAAAGAAGCCGACCCAGAGCCACACUCCUCAGUUCUAAGCCACAGGCCCCUGCUCAGGACCUGGCAGCACCAACCCAAGAAGAUCACAGAGGAAGAGGAGGAGGACAACGCUUCAGGGGAAGCUGAGGGUCUGUCGGCCAUCCCCACCACAAGCGCUUUCAUGAAGGCCUGGGUGUGUUGGCCAGGAGAGGACACAGAGGAGGAAGAUGAAGACAGUGAUUCAGGAGCAUCUGAGGAGGAGGGAGAAGCUGAGGGUCCCUCUUCCAUCCCCCCCACAAGUACCUUCUUGAGGGCCUGGGUGUACCGACCAGGAGAGGACACAGAGGAGGAAGAUGAAGACAGUGAUUCAGGAGCAUCUGAGGAGGAGGGAGAAGCUGAGGGUCCCUCUUCCAUCCCCCCCACAAGUACCUUCUUGAGGGCCUGGGUGUACCAACCAGGAGAGGACACAGAGGAGGAAGAUGAGGACAGUGAUUCAGGAGUAUCUGAGGAGGAGGGAGAAGCUGAGGGUCCCUCUUCCAUCCCCCCCACAAGUACCUUCUUGAGGGCCUGGGUGUACCGACCAGGAGAGGACACAGAGGAGGAAGAUGAAGAUAGUGAUUCAGGAGCAGCUGAGGAGGAGGGAGAAGCUGAGGGUCCCUCUUCCAUCUCCCCCACAAGUACCUUCUUGAGGGCCUGGGUGUACCAACCAGGAGAGGACACAGAGGAGGAAGAUGAAGAUAGUGAUUCAGGAGCAGCUGAGGAGGAGGGAGAAGCUGAGGGUCCCUCUUCCAUUCCCCCCACAAGUACCUUCUUGAGGGCCUGGGUGUACCGGCCAGAAGAAGACACAGAGGAGGAAGAUGAUUCAGAGACAGCUGGCUCGGACCCAAGUUCUUCCCUUCAGGCCCAGAGUGCCCUCCUCAGGGACUGGACAUACCCACCUGGAGAGGAGACAGAGGGAGUGGAAGCUGCUGAAUGGGGAGAAGCUGAACCCUUCCGAGUGGCCAUCUAUCUACCAGGAGAGAAGCCACCACCUCCCUGGCCUCUUCCUCGCCUGCCCCUCCGACUGCAAAGGCGGCUCAAGUCUGCAGGAACCCCCACCCGGCAUCCGGACCCCGAGACUCCCCAAAAGGCCAGAAAGGUGCACUUCUCUGAGAAGGUCUCCAUCCAUUUCCUGAUUGUCUGGGCUGGACCAGCCCAGGCUGCCCGAAGGGGCCCCUGGGAGCAGUUUGCCCGGGAUCGAAGCCGCUUUGCCCGCCGAAUUGCCCAGGCUGAGGAGAAACUGGGCCCCUGCCUCACCCCUGCUGCUCGGGCCAGGGCCUGGGCACGCCUCGGGGACCCUCCCUCUUCUCUGGCUGCCAUACCUGCCAUGACCCACACCUUGCCCACAUCCUGUGUCCAGGCCACACUCUUGAGCCAUACUGUGGCCUCUCCCUCCCCUCUUUAUGUGUCCGUGUCUCCUGCCUUAGACCUCAGUGGGAGGCGUGGCUAGGAUCCUGUGGUUUUUGUGUUAUUCACUAUUUAUUUUUUUACCAGUUGGUUUAAGAAAUAAAGUCUUUUAGUUUGUACUGAG